AUGGCCUGGCAAUCUCCGGCCAUGUCUGGUAUGGGCAUGCCGGGGCCGAUGGGUGAUGGUUCCAAUGGCGGACAUCCGCAGGGGACUGAGUAUACGCUACAGGGCGUGAUGCGUUUCCUCCAAACCGAAUGGCACCGACACGAACGCGACCGCAAUGCCUGGGAGAUUGAACGCGCCGAGAUGAAGUCUCGCAUCGGCCGACUGGAGGGAGAGCUACGAACAAGCAAGCGACUGCAUGAAUCUCUGGGAAAACAUGUUCGGUUAAUGGAAGGGGCUUUGAAAAAGGAACGAGAGAAGGUGAAGAAACUCGCCAACAACGAGAAGCUCGACGAUAUCCAAGACCCAAAGGAUAUUGCGCGGCAGAGUGUCAGCUUCUUAAAAGCACAACGAUCUUCACCGUCUGCGGACACGAAUGCCAAUCUCGAUGACCCCGAGAACGCCGUUUCUAAUGAAUUCCGCCAAGAAGACGAGCGAGACAAAUCGCGCGUGUACUUGUCAAGAUGUGCGCAGGAGGUUGCGUACCAUGUCAUCCCUACAUCCCACCCAGCUCCCGAUCUCAGCGACCCAGAUCUUCUGUACGGGAACCAGCAGCUCUCACAGCAGAACCUCGAGGAGGCGUACAUUCAACAGCAGCUACAGAAGACAAAUCAGCGGCUAGUGCGCGAGGCAGGGCUUCCGAAUCACCAACCCUCCCCCGGUCAGUACGCCGAGAACGCUCGGAUGCCAGCUCAGUUUGGACCGGGAUCUGGAUCGGUUCCUCGCGAGGCCCUGGAACGCCGGCAGAUUGAGUUGCAGCAGGUCCCUGUUACUGCAGUUGACAAUCGAAACCAAGUCUACGAACAGGGCCUCGUGGACGAGCGCCCCAUGAACCAGCAGCCACCCAUUGAGACACAAGGCCCACAAGUGGUAGUCAAGGAGGACCUGCAGCCCCAAAACGCUACAGACGAAGGAGGCGAAGAUAUGGAUGGAUGGAAUUUUGACGAACCUAAUGAAAAGGAAACAAUCAAUGAGUCCGUACCGCCUCACCGUCCAGACACCGACGCAUUCCCCAACGCCAAUUUUGUUCAUUCCAAGUCACCCUCUCGUGGAGGUUCUCUCUCCCACCGCCGAAAGAGCUCCGGUUCACGGCGCAAGAGCGAUGGUGCGAUUGAAUCGCGGGAUUUCGCUGCUGGUGCCAACCAGCAAGACUCCUCCUUCAAGGUUCGCUUUGCUCUUCGUGGCCACCUCGAUGUCAUCCGCUCGGUCAUAUUCACUGGCGGUGGCAGUCCGUCAGAGCCGGAAAUCUGCACAUGUAGCGAUGAUGGAACGAUCAAACGUUGGAUCAUCCCAGCAACAUAUGGCACGUUCGGAGCCCAGGGUCCCAGCUCAAGCAACGACCUGGAUAUCGUCAGCUACUUCACCCAUCGGGGUCAUGUUGGUGCAGUCACAUCCCUAGCCGCCUGCUCGCCAUCUCAAAGCAUUUCCAAUGGUGGCCGAGCUUCUGGUGAUGGUUGGGUGUUCUCUGGUGGACAGGACGCUAGCGUACGGGUCUGGGAACGUGGAAGAGUCGACCCUAAAGCCACUUUGGAUGGACAUACGGACGCUGUAUGGGCUCUUUGUGUGCUUCCGGGCACGACAGGCUCAGUUUAUGGAGACUCUAGCAGUCACUAUGGUGGACAGGACAGAAUCAUGUUGGCCUCUGGAGCUGCGGAUGGCCGUAUUCUCAUCUGGGCAGUCACUCCCCCACCCCUCGUUUCUUCUCCCCAAGCUGGAUCGCGCCGUCAAGGUGGCAGCCGUCGUGCGAACUCGAUUUCAUCCGGAUCCAACUUCCCAUCCUCCCCCCAGCCUAGUGUCGCCACCAGCACCCCGUUCAACUAUACCCUCAUCCAUCACAUUAUGCGAACCGACGCUCCAUCUCCGACAUGCAUUAGCCCUCUCUCCCUUGCUGGCGUGAACUUUGUGGUUUCCUACACCGAUGCAUCAAUUCUUGUCUAUGACACCCGAACUGGCGAAGAGAUCGUGGGUAUGGCUAGCCUUGAAACAUACGACGGUACACCAUCAACUGGGGUCAACUCCGUGGUUGCUACAACUAUUGGAUUCGAUGGGUCAGCCAAUUUGGAUCCCAAUCGCACCAUGGCCGAAGAAGACGAGGUUGUGCAUGGGGCUACUGGAUCCAGUGGCGUGGAAGGUGUGGUUAUCAGUGGCUACGAAGACCGAUACAUACGAUUUUUCGAUGCCAACAGUGGUCAAUGCACGUACACGAUGCUGGCCCACCCAGCCGCUAUUGCCGCUUUGUCUCUGUCUCCCGAUGGCCGUGAGCUUGUUUCUGCAGGCCAUGAUGCCAGUCUCCGUUUCUGGAACCUGGAGAAGCGAAGCUGUACUCAGGAACUGACUAGCCAUCGUUUAAUGCGCGGCGAAGGUGUCUGCGCCGUAGUCUGGAGCCGUGACGGACGCUGGGUCGUCAGUGGCGGUGGAGACGGUGUGGUCAAGGUCUUCUCCCGAUGA